AUGGUGGCCGACGCACUGAGCCGUAAAGCUAUGGCUGACCUGAUGGUGAUGUUUGCUCGCCUCAGUUUAUUUGAUGAUGGUAGUCUGCUGGCCAAACUUCAAGUUAAACCAACAUGGAUAGAGCAAAUUAAGAGUAAACAGAUAGAGGAUGAUAGGUUGGGUUUUCGUUUUCAACAGGUUGAGAGUGGGAAUACUGAAGGUUUUAGACUGAAUAGCGAAGGGGUGCUCUGUUUUCAUGGAAGAAUCUGUGUACCAAAAUAUACUGAAUUGAGGCAGCCUAUUCUGAGAGAGUUGCCUAGUAGCCCUUAUGCUAUGAAUUCGGGCAGAAAUAAGAUGUACCAUGACCUUCUUGAGUUAUACUGGUGGCCAGGUUUUAAGCAAGAGGUUACCGAAUUUGUGGCUAAGUGUCUGACAUGCCAGCAGGUUAAGGCUGAACAUUAG